AUGAAUUUCGAAAAGUUCAAAUUAUUGAUGUGGAAAAAUUACCGUUUGCGACGGUACCACUGGGUUGUAACUUUGAUCGAAUUCAUUAUACCGAUCUUAGUCGUUUGUAUUGUGGCACGGAUAGUUUCAUCGUUACCAAAAAGUACCAUCACCGAGAAAAAAAUCUAUUCAUCUACUUCGGAAAAAAAAUUCGUUGAUGAUGCCGAAGUCAACAGCUCUGUUGUUGUGUAUUAUGCUCCCAAUGUUCCUGCCAUUAAUCAGUUUAUGGAACCGUUGGAAUAUAAUUUCGAAUCGAUGGAAGGAUUAGCGAACGAAACUGAGUUGGAAAGUACUUUAGGUGAACAUCGUACUAUCCUUACCAUGAGUUUUGGAAUUUUUUUCCAAAACAUCAUCUACAACGAAUCACUACCAGACAAAUUAACCUAUGUGAUAAGAAGCAGAUAUGAUCGUACUUGGAAUACCCGAAAAUUGUAUUCUCCAAAAGACACUUUUGACCUUGAUGUGCGAAAUCCUUAUAUUGAUGAAAGCCGCUUUGUUGCUGUUCAGUUGUUGAUAAAUAAUCAUUUCGUUAGAAAUAAAACGGCCCUAAAUGCUUCGUUUGAGGUAGAAUUCGAACGGUUUCCGUACCCUUCAUUCAGGUUCUUGGAUAUAUUUACACAUACAAAAAGGGCUUCUCUAUUUUUGGUAGUUGGUGCUGUUAUAGUUAUAGUCAUUUUGAUUGCAUCGGUCCAUUUAAUCAAUGAUAUUGUCCAAGAAAAAGACAGCGGUGUUAAGGUGACUUCAAAUACAUCUUGUAUAGCCACCGUCGCUACGUCGAUAUUCUUACUUUGUUUUUUAUUUCUGCUUGUUGGAAUCAUGUUUUUGGACAACGCUGUCGAUAAUUUAGCGUUGAGAUUGGCGACAUUGACUCCUGCGGGCGCGUUUAUUUUGAUAUUUAAUCGGAUACGUUAUCACGAGGAGCACGGAAUUGAUACCACGUGGUCAUCUGUCGCUGCAUCUGUAAAUGACCGGAAUUCUGUUUCGUUGAUGUUUUGUUUGUUCAUGUUGGUGGUUGAUACCUGUCUGUAUUUCUUUUUGGCGUAUUAUAUUACCGCCAUUAAUCCUGGCAAAUUUGGAGCUCGCAAAUCACCUUUAUUCAUUUUCGAGAGUUUGUUUUCGUGUUUCUUCACAAAUGACACCGAACCGUUGCAGAAUUUAAAUGAAACAGCUAAAAGCAACUUCUUCGAACCACCUCCUCAGAACGUAGAAUCUACGAUACAAAUCAAAAAUCUGCAUAAAUAUUUCGGAAAUGUGUACGCGGUUAGAGGAGUUGAUAUGAAUAUUUAUAAAAGUGAGAUGACAGUUCUGUUGGGAUGUAAUGGCGCAGGAAAAACAACCACUAUGUCUAUAAUGACUGGAUUGAUUUCUCCCAGUGCUGGAUCUAUACAUUUUAAAGGCAUGGAUAUAUUCAAAAAUAUGGAUAAAUUUAGAAGAAAUUUAGGAAUGUGCCCUCAAGAGAAUCGAACGAUGCCUUAUUUAACAGUUCUGGAGCAUUUGUUGUUUUUUGGACAAUUGAAAGGUAUUUCACGAGCAGCAGCACUAGCUGAAGCAAAUGAAUACCUGGCAAUUAUGGAAAUGCAGUCGAAGAAAAAUUCGUUAAUUGGAGCAUUAUCGGGUGGAAUGAAAAGAAAACUGUGCCUAGCAAUCGCGUUGAUGGGAAAAGCUGAAGUUCUGAUAUUGGAUGAGCCGACGUCUGGAAUGGAUGCGCAAUCGAGGAGAAAAUUAUGGGAUUUGUUGUUGGGUUUGCGAGGCCAACGUACUGUUAUAUUCACAACGCAUCAUAUGGAAGAAGCAGACGCUUUAGGAGAUCGUAUUGCGAUUAUGGACCAUGGUGUUAUCGUUUGUCACGGAACCCCUCUAUUUUUGAAGAAAGCAUACGGUAUCGGGUAUGAAUUAACGAUCACCAAAGACGGUGGGGAUUCGGCUGCUAUCGAUAAUGUGAUCAAAGCUGCAUUACCAGACGCCAGUCGAGAACGUGAAACGUCCACAGAAACCAUCUAUAAAUUACCGUUAACUGAAACCAGUAAAUUUCCAACUCUGUUUAAAAAUUUAGAAGCUGAAAAACUGCAAUUGGGUAUUCGAAAUUUGGGUGUUGCCGCUACCACAAUGGAAAAUGUAUUUUUAAAAGUUGGGGGUGUUUCUACUUAUGAUGCAGAUUCAACGAAAUAUAAGACGGUUACUGACUCCAAUUCUGGAACGAAUCAUCUGCAUUAUUAUGUUGGAGCGUUUUUAUACGUUCAACAAUUCAAAGCCAUAUUCAAGAAAAAGUGUCUGUAUACGUCGCGGAAUCUAUUCAGCAUAUUCACUCGAAUUAUUCUAACAUCGUUAAUGGGACUAUUCAUGGCGUAUGUACCACUACUGAACCAAGUAGAAGUAGACCAUUCGCCGGAACCACCGUUGGAUUUAUCAAUGAGUACCUAUCCGGGUCCAACAGUUGUGCUGAAGAAUAAUGUCAUUGACUCCAGUUUCGCCGAACAUCUUUCAGAAUACGUUUCUGAAGAAGGAGGUUUAUUGGUGAACGCCAAUAUUUCUCCGAUUGAAGAAGAUUUACUGCAAUAUGGAAACGAUAUUUUGAAAUAUGAAAGAGAUUAUAUAUCUGCUUUCGAAUUGAAUUCAACGACUGUAAAAGUACUGAAUAAUCCUUCUUUAAUACAUUCGUUUCCAAUUACCAUCACAACGUAUACGAACGUAUUGCUUCGCAGUAUCAUGAAAGACAAUCGCUAUCAAAUCAAUACGAUCAAUCAUCCUAUACCAAGUCGGAAAUCAUUAGAAGACUCAGAAAAUGGUUGCUUCAAAAGUCAAGUACUCGAUUUUUCAUUUUAUAUCCUGUGGUUUAUCGCGAUGGCAUUUUACACGGUUGAUUUAACGGCUUACUUUGCCGUAUUUGUGAACACGGAGCGAAUUGAUGGAUUUCAACAUAUUCAAACCAUGUCGAAUGUUUCUCCAUUGGUGUAUUGGAUCGCUACUCUAUCAUUCGAUCUGGCGUUCUUUUUGCUUGUAAUUUUCAUUCGUGUUGGAGUUUUCAAACUCGUGGAUAAAUCAACUUUCCUUGGCCUUAAUACAUCGAUUGGUAUUUUUGCAUUGAUAAUAAUUCUAUACGGGAUAUCCGGGUUGCUUUUCAUCUACGUAAUCAGUUAUUUUUCCAGUUCCAAAGAAGGAUCGUAUUCCUUACAUUUAAUUUUCAACGUGAUAUGUUGCAUAAUAAUAUUGGUAUUUUACGGACUGCUGGGCAAAGUGAGCCUGCACAACCAAUUAGGAGUAGAACACGUUCAUAAAUUGGUGUUUCGGUUCAUUGUCAAAGGUGUAAUUUUACUCGUUCCUUCGUUUAAUUUCUCGCUAUUGUUCUUCAAGUUUAUAGCAACUUUCCAAGCCAAAGCAGGGUGUUCUAACUGUUAUUCCGAAGCCUCGAGAGAAAACUGUGAAGAACGGAAUCCGAUAGUAAGGAAACCGUACUUUGUAUUUGAAUCGGAUGAGAAUAAGGACGGUAUACUUUUGGAGACGUUAUUUUUGAUAUUCGAUAUCAUUUUAUAUGCCAUCAUACUUUCCUUCAUCAAUACUGGAUUUGUUCGUAAUGGGUUUAACUCGUUGAAGAAUAGAAUGUUUGGUACCUUGUCCACUAAUCCGGAUGAAGGCGAUGACGACGUGAAACAGGAAUAUGAUAAAGUGCAAAAGUAUAAGAAAGAUGAAUCGGAUCAUGUUUCAUUGUGUAACCGCGAACAGAACGUGAUUAAUGGCAAAUUAUCCGAUGUUGAAAUUGGUGAAAAUGUUCCAUUACGAGAAAGAAACACGACUUCUUUGCUGGUGGAUGGAUUGCGAAAUAAUUACAUCAACUGGCUCAAACCCUUCACUGCUGUUUCCGAUGUGAAUUUUAUCAUCAAACCUGGAGAAUGUUUUGGUCUUUUAGGAGUUAACGGGGCUGGUAAAACUACUACGUUUAAAAUGCUGACAGCUGAAAUUGUUCCUACCUUGGGUGAUGCGUCCAUCGAAACAAUUAAAUUGAGGACUAACAAGAUGCGGUAUUUAUCAAUGGCCGGAUAUUGCCCUCAAACCAACUGCUUCAUCGAAGAAUUGACCGGAAGAGAAAUGCUGUCCAUGAUUGCCAGCAUGAGAGGUGUUUUCCAAAAUGAGAUUGAACUUCUAGUUGAUAAAUGGAUCAAAAUUAUAGGGUUAGAAGAAUUCCAGAACCGAAGAUGUGGCACUUACAGUGGAGGCAAUAAACGAAAAUUAUGUACAGCGAUGUCAUUAAUUGGAGAUCCCAAAGUAAUAUUCUUGGACGAACCUACCAGCGGACUAGACCCAGUUUCUAGACGUAAUUUGUACGACGUAAUGGCACAAAGUAAAGAAGCCGGACAAGCUGUUAUUUUAACUUCUCACAGUAUGGAGGAAUACGAAACUCUGUGUGAUCGUUUAACCAUAAUGGUCUCUGGUGUUAUGAAAUGUAUCGGAACUACUCAACAUUUGAAGAAAAAAUACGCCCAAGGAUUCUCGAUUAUGAUAAAAAUCAACGAUAUUCCCGAAUUUGACGGAGAAAAAGCUGCAUUAAAAAACACCAUGAUGGAGUUAUUCACAGAGAAAUACUGUAUUCUCAAAGACGAGCAUAGGGGGUUGCUUUAUUAUCAAAUAAAAGAUACAUCUAUACCGUGGUGGGCUUUGUUUGAAAAAAUGGAAGCUCUAAAGCAACGCUAUCGUGACUUAGUUGAAGAUUACGUAAUUACAGAUACCACUUUGGAGGAAGUUUUCAUUUCAUUCGCUAAGGAGAGCGCAGAUCUGAAUUUAAAUAAAUAGGUUUUCAGCUGUGAUUUUUUCUUUGUGGAAAUCAUUAUGAUUCGUCCAAAUUGAGCUUAACAUUUAAUUGUAUCGAGCUUCCUUUUUUUUUCAAGUCAUCAGUGCAAAGUCUGACUUAAUCUAUGUCAGUGUGAUUUCUACUCAUAGAAUGCUUGUAGUUUAUUUUCAUAAAAUAUUUUUCACUUCAGUCUUCUCAUUAAGUUUACCAGUUAUACUUACUCUAAAUUAAGGUUUCAACUUCUGGAAGAUGAUGCAUAUAUGUAUUUUCGUUGCAUUUAA